GGCUAGCAGCUGUGAAGUUGCCAGUGAUUACCGGUUAUUUUCAAACAUAAUAUCAAUAAAUACUAAUCUUUUUUUAAUCAACUAUCAACAUGAGUAUGGGAGUCACUCGCACAAUUAAUCGGCAAAAUGAGGGUACUUUUAGAGGGUAUAAACAGCAACGGGCACACGACUAUCUGUACGACCCAAAUUGCACCUUCGGCAGUGAAACUGAUCACACGCGGGCACGUUUCCAAGCAUUGGCGUCUGUAGAAAGGGUGAAAAAGGUUCCCGAAUUUAAGACGAUGUUCAGCGACCUCCCUCACCACCCGCGCUACGCUCUGCGCCUGGACGCGGCUGAUCCUGUACCCGCCUUCAUCGACCGGCGCUGGAGAGGUCCCGCGGAGGCGAUGCAGCACACGGGAUUCAGCCCAGCAGUCCGUGGCGAUGCGGGUGGCUGUGAUGUCUCAGGUAGCGAGCGCUGGAAGUAUUUCACGCGGCCGCUGAUCCCGUUCACCCAGAUGGUGCCUCCAGAGGUCGUGUUCGGUGCGCCCAGGAGCCCGCGGUUCAGCCUGGACACGCCGCAGGAGCACGUGAUGUUCGCGUCGCACCGCACCGUGCACACGCAGACAGACUACCGCGACAGCGAGGCGCAGACCGACCCCUACACCCCCAAACACGCCGUCCGGCCCGGGUCCAGCCCGGAGUUGCUUACCCUGCUCACGCUUACCUGGAAUCACGGGCUCCCCGCGGGACAGCCGGAGGUGGAGAUGAUUGAGCGCAUGAGGCUGAAGAGGGCCUGGGAGGCCACCCUGCCCCCCCUCAAUGACCUAGCCCAGCUGAGCAGGAGGAGGAGGAUGAUGGACGAAAUGGAGAGGAAGGAGUGGGCCUUCAGAGAGGGAGAGAUACAGAAGCUGCAGGAGAAGCGACUGGCCCUGCUGACUCAGGUGAUCACCCAGAGGGAGGAGCGACAGCAGCAGCUGCUCGUCAAACACCUGGACUCGCACUUCGCCCGGCGACAACACCAAAAAGAAGCCAAGAUCAAGAGGAUCCGCCAAGACUACAUCCUGUCGAUCAGGCGGCUGAUGGAGAAGAGGAGGAACGUGGAGGGAAAGCUUCGGAGGAGCGGGGUGGUGGAGCGGUACUGCAGCCGCGGCCGGCGGGUCCACUACCCCGGCUCCGCGAUGGGCCGCCUCCCCCACGGCGACUCCGACCGCGACAGCGUCACCAGCUGGCUCCAGAACACCUACGAAGGUCUGCUGCUGCUGGAGUCCACCCUGCCACCGUCCGUCACAGAGCCCUGUAUCCGGGCUCCCAAACCCCGCAGCGGGAAAGGGUUCGUGAAGCGGGCGGAUCGCAGGGAGAUGGAGCUGAUCAGGACACACGAGGAGCUGAAGGAGAGGAAGACGAAGGUGGAGGAGAAGAAGCCGCUUCGCUUUCUGUAUAAGAUCGAGAAGCCCGCACCUCGACCUCCGACCCCCGCCAUCACACCCCCUCCCGCAGGGUUGGAGGAGAGGGACCUGGCUGUGAUCUGCCUGCAGAAACUCUUGAGAGGAGCGGCCAGCAAGGAGACGAUGUCCGAGGAGAAGGAGAGGCGCAUGGACCUGAUCCAGGAGCUGCGCAGUACUCACGCUCUCCAGCAGGAGGAGCAGGAGCUGCAGCAGGCUGAGAAACAGAACAUACUGGCCCUGCAGAGACAGAGAGAGCUACACAGACACAAGGCGCUGGCGGCGGGGGCCCUGCAGGCGGGCGUGGCCGGGGGCGUCAUGGCCGACAUGCUGGACUUCCUGUCCAAGGAGCUCCAGCGGCUGCAGGAGGAGCGGCGGAUCCACGCCUUCACGCUAUUGGCCGAGAGGCACCGGCGCAUGCGCGAGGCCGAGGAGAGCGGCAGGAGACAGGCGGAGGAGAGACGCCGGCGGGAGGAAGACGAGAUCUUCAGACAGGUGGUCCUGGUGCACCAGGCCACAGUAGACCUGUACCUGGAGGACGUCAUUCUGUCCUCCAUCGAGAAGACCGCAGAUGAACAGGCCAGAGAGGAGAUACACAAGAUGGCUGAAGAGAUCAAUGACAUCGCCUACGCCAUGGAGGAGAGUCUGACGAACGUGAGGUCUGAGGAGAUUGUGGCAGAGCUGGUGUACAGCUUCCUGAUCCCUGAGGUGCAGAAGACCACCGUCAGGAACAGGGAGAGCAGAGAGCAACACGAUGGCGCAUAGAAAGAACUAUCUUCUGGCUUCCCCCUUCGCCUUGGACGGGAGCGAGACGGCCAAAGCGGACCAGGAACGGCCGGGAACCUCCUCUCAGAACA